AUUUACUGGAGUGCUACACUUAAGUACAAUUUUCCUUUUUGUUUACUCCACUGCAUUUCAGAGGGAAAGUCACUUUAUUUUAGAUUUGACAGAAUGAGUCAACAAACAUUUGCUCUCAUUAGACAUUGUCUAGUAAUGUGCUGAAGGUUAAACAAAGCCUUUUUUAUCUCCAGUUUUCUUAGACACCAUUUAUUAUGACCUUAACACCAUCUUCCAAACUUUGAUUGCUCAAUGAUACUGAAUGAGUCAUCUUCCCUGAAAAUCAAAUGACUGUUUUGCUGGCAGUCAGUCGUCUAUUAUAGGCAGGGCUAAGAAUUUCUAAAUAUGGAGCCAGUAUUUCCCUUUGUUUCAUUCUGUUUUAAAUGAACUAUAUAUAUUGAAAAUGCCUUUCAAGUUAUUGUUACUUACAUACUGAUUUGACAGCAGCAGUUACUGAUUACUUUGCAGGUUAAUAUUUUACAAACAAACCAUAUAAUCAGCUUCCCCAUGACCUGCUAUAACAAUAAAGUAUUAAUUAAUUGAUAUUCAAAUACUGAAUCUUACUACUGAUGCAUUGAAAUGUAUUGUAUUAUUUACAAUGUUAAUUUAUUGGAAAUUAUAUCUAAUAUAAAGGUGACAGAGGUCAUUCAGCUGGAUAAUGAGUAAUUUUUAAACAUGUUGCUAACGAUACGUUUUGAAAGCAGGACUUUUACUUGUAAUGGAGUAUUUUUAUAUCGUGUUACUGCUACUUUUUGCUGAAAAUUUCCUCCACAUUAUUCGGUGUUUUAUUACCACCGCAGAGAUAUUUCCGCGUUCUUUGGGCAAGUUUAUUUUUGGCCAUCGCGGAAGAGAAGUUGCAGUUUCCUCUUUAGCGCUAUAAACUAACGUGUUACCAAACUAUACUGAAGUUGCCAUCCUCACGUUUACGCACCUGCGAUUAUUGCGCGCUCGAUCCUCGCAGCUCUUUAAGUCUGAAAAUGAGAAGAGAAGCUUUAAAAACAGCACUUCAGCUGAUGUGUCAACUUCUGUGGGUGGUGGGGCUGGUGGUAGGCCUGAGCGGAGUCUACUUGCUGAUGAAGUACAGACAUAGCAGCUUGUUUUUUUCUCACAUCUACAUCAUCCUGCCAGCUGUCUUUGUGCUUGCCAGCGCUGUGUUCCUAUUGGCCAGUGGAUGCCUUGGCUCUUGGCUGAGCCUCAGGGAUUCCACCUUUCUGCAGGGACUGUUUGUUUAUCUACUAGUUGUGGUCUUCUGUCUGGAAAGCACAGCUUCAGCAUUGGCUUAUUUUCACUCUAUAAAGCUGGACUCAGAGAUAGCUCCCCUCAGUGGAGUGUUUCAGAACUACACAGGCAUCAGCCAGGACCCCAACUCUCAUGCUGUGGAUGCGACACAAGAAGAGUUGCAGUGUUGUGGUGUCCAUGACUACAGGGACUGGCUGAAAACCUCCUGGUUUAACCAUUCUGGAGGACUCUGGGUUCCUCACAGCUGCUGUAACUCUACUUUCCCCUCUUGCAAUGGAACUGUGGAUCAACCGUGGCAGCUUAACCAACAGGGUUGCCAGGUGAAACUGGAGAUGGCCUUUCAGUUCGUGCUGAGUUUUGUCAUGUGGGGCUCCUUGCUUGUUCUCCUGGUGGAGCUUGUUUUGAUUGUGAUGGUGGCACAACUGAUGAGGGACCAACGAAUUAUGGAAUAUCAAGUGCUGGACAAAAACUAAAGACACUGUGAGAGAUCCGAUAGCGCUGCACUUUGUACAGAUACUAUAAUACUACAUAUUUUGUCAUAUUAUUUCAUCUUCAAUAUGUGCAUCAAAUCAUUACUAUACAGUUUCUUUAUUAUUUUAGCUACGUCAGUGCUGCUGAUCAAUACAAGUUUACUUUGAUACACUACAUAACAAGUAACAUAAACUGUAAGAAUUAUGCCCUCUGUUUCUCUGUCUUUCAUUUUGAAUAUGUAUCUCACUUUCAGGUUGUGUUGACAAUCUCAAAAAGAUGGCAAUGGUUCACAGAAAGCUGUUUAUUGCUUUAAAUACAGUGUUACAAUUUAUGGGAAGUGGCUGCUGUAACACUUAUAUCUAGAUAACAUUCUAUCUAUCUAUCUAUCUAUCUACAGUGGGAAGAUGCUUGUUUUGUUCAAAAUAAAUACUGCAUUUGUAAUAAGGUGAAAGAAGAUUUUACACUCAAUUUACCCUGUAAAAGAAGUAUUGGGAAGAUUUAGGCUAAAUAUAGAUUGUACAUGUAGUGUGAUUCUGAAAGGGAAACGAUUUUUCAUACAUUUUUUUCACUGUGUUAUUUUGGAUAAAUAUGCAGAAUUUUAUAAAUAGGAAAAAUGGAUAUUAAUGUACAUACUGAUGUAUGUGAUGUGAUGUUGUAUUUUGUGUUCACUGGGAUGGAUAGCAAUAUUACCGUUUUAAUUCAGCUGCUGAUUAUUCUCGUUAUAUUUCACAUCCACAAAUCUAAAUGGUCUGGCUCCAAACCCUGUUUUCAUUGGUUUAUUGUUGAACUCAUGCAGCAUCUGAAUCGAAGAUGUGAGGAACAAAAAAGCUAAGAGGACUUUCAAUAUUUUAAAUGAAGUAUAUUUUAUUUGAUUUCUAAAAGGACUUACAAUGAAUGGACUUUGAACUCCUCUGGCUAGUGCAAAGUUUUUUGUUUUUUGGGUUGUUUUUUUUUCACUGUUUGUGUAAGAAAAUUGUUGUACUUGAAAGAUUAUAUACAUAUGAAUCUGAAAUAUAACAGAUGUGAUGGAUAAUGUAAUAAAUAAAAAAAGUCAAGCAUGACCAAGUACAAAAUUGA